AUGUCAUUCGGCACACUUUACACACGCAAUCCAAAUCCACGAUCUUUCGCGAUCAUCGCAGUCGCAAAAUCCCUCAAUGUUGAACUAGACGUCGUCUAUCUCGACCGAAACAACAAGAAGGAUCAGGAGAAACUGCAGAUGCUCAACCCACUGAACCAAGUACCUUUUUUUAUUGGUUCAGAUGGAUUUGUCUUGACCGAAUGCGUUGCCAUUCUUCUCUACAUUGCGUCACAAGAUGCGGAAUCCACCCUCAUGGGGAAUUCUCGCAAAGAUUACUACUCGAUUCUCAAAUGGCUUUCCCUCGCAAACUCAGACCUGCUCCCUGCGAUUGGCGGCAUCAUCCUCCCGCUCCUGGGUCUGCCUAUUGCUGUCCGCAAGAACACGCGAGAUUGCCUGGCGGCGGUGCACGCCAACUUUAAGCUGCUCGAGGCGCACCUUCAGGAUAGCAACUACCUAGUCGGCGAUGAGGUUACGGUCGCAGACUUGUUCACAGCGGGCACCAUGGUGUUUGGUGUCAUUGUGUUGCAUGCGAUGCUGAGAGAUCGAUACCCCAGAGUAUGGGAGUGGUUUCAUGAUGUGCAUGUGAUUCCAGAGUUCAGGGAUGUAGUGGGCGAGUUGCGGUUCUUGAACGUGCCGGUACCAGCUUUGGAGGAGGAUGGGGAGACGUUGAAGAUGUUGGUGGAUGCUUCACCACCUGCUCAGUCGCCUUGA